AUGAAUCGAAACCAACCGGCGAGCGACGAUAUCUGCCUGUGGGCUACGGGAGAACUGCAGCAGCCCGACAGCCGAUAUGGGAAAACACCCUUCAGGAUCUAUAACUCCGUUGCCAACCUCACGAAGGCGCAACGAGAGCAGGCGCCCUACUUCGUCGUGUGGCUGCAUGGUAUGGAUGGAGGCUGGAUCGAACCAAGCUACCUGAAGACGAUGCAGAUGAGACUACAUCGUCGGGUGGUCUUCAUGGUGCCAAAGAAUCCGGAGUCCACGCCGGAGGGCUUGAACUUCAACUGGGGCUGCUGUUUCUACAAAAAAGAGAACAAAAACAAUCUCGGCUAUGUUCUGGGCGUCCUGCACAAGGGCUUCCUGACGGAUCUCUCAGAGAAGAUCAGUAACUUAGCAACGUUGUUUGAGGCCGAGCGGACCAUGGUGAUGGGCUACAGCAUGGGUGGCUUCGGCGCCUUUCAGCUUGGAGGCUUCGCUCCUGACGUCUUUGACGUCGUCGUUUCGGCUGCAGGCUACGGACUUGGGACAUUGACACCGCAGGGUGAGAUGUAUGACGCGCCGCAGCCGCAAGCAACGAACAACUUCGAAGAUUUCCUGGGCCAAGUUGCCUCGAACAUGGUGCGGGUGCCCAUCGUCCUGGCGCUGCAUGCCGAGCAUGACGGCAUGUCCAGCUACCGAGAUGUUAAGGCCAUCAUCGCAAGACUGCAUGAGAUUAUGGAAGCAGAGGGCAGCAACAACACCGUGGCACUACUGCAGGUGCCAGAUGACAAGGCCAACUCCGACAAGUCCCGGAAGAAGGCGAGCACCAGGAGGCACCACCACUACUUCAACUAUACUCUUCUGGACGCCCACAGUGAGGACUUCUUCUGGUCGAAACUGCGGGACCUCCUGAAGACAGCUCCCUACCGAUUGGAGAUCAAGUGUCCGCAGGAGGUUGAAAAAGUCGGGACGUUGAGUGCAAAAUUGGGCGGAGGAAUGCCGCCCUGCCCCAACUGCCCGAAGCCGGCGGCGGAGGAGGGAGAGGAGGAGCAAAUGACGAAGUACCAAGAGGAGUUCGAGGAGGAGCUCGAGGAGGAAGACGAAGAAGUCGAACCACGCGACCCAGCUCCCCGAUUGCACCGAGCCCAAGAGGGUGCCGCACCGAGCCAGGACCCCUAUGGCAUGGCUGGGACACCUGAUGUUUUGUCGGAGGAGGAGGAAGAAGAAGAAGAAGAUGACGAAGAACUGCAAUGUGCGGGAGGGCAGCCUGCGCCGAGGAGCCGCACUGCGCCGAGGAAUCCCCGCAGAGGAUACCAGUGGCGUCCUCACACCCAGGUGGCCGCGGAGAAGAGCAAAAGCGAGCCCCGGCUGGAGGAGGGCGAGGUGGGCCCAAAGGGCACACGACUACGGCCACAAGCUGCUCUGCCACAACUACAUACUCGCGAAGCCAAGAGGCCGCGCAUCGAGGACCUGCCAUGA